CACUGAGGACUAUCUCGGACCCUCAGCUGUUCUGUGGACUGUCUCUCAAUCACCAUGCGUGAAAUCGUACAUCUGCAAAUUGGACAAUGUGGCAACCAGAUCGGCUCCAAGUUCUGGGAAGUUAUCAGUGAAGAACAUGGGAUAAAUGCAACAGGCCUCUACGAAGGAGACAGCAACAUACAACUGGAGAGGCUCAACGUCUACUUUAAUGAGGCACACGGUGGUAAAUAUGUCCCCAGGGCGUUGCUUGUGGACCUGGAGCCCGGCACUAUGGACAGUGUCAGAGGAAGUCGCAUUGGUGCUCUUUUUAGACCAGACAAUUUCAUCCACGGGAACUCAGGAGCUGGAAACAACUGGGCAAAGGGCCACUACACAGAGGGAGCGGAGUUGGUGGAGCAUGUCAUGGACCGGGUCAGGAACGAGAGUGAAAGCUGUGAUUGCCUCCAAGGCUUUCAGCUGGUUCACUCGCUGGGGGGAGGCACAGGCUCCGGCAUGGGUACCCUCCUCAUCAAUAAGAUCAGAGAGGACUACCCAGACCGUAUCAUGAAUACCUUUAGCAUCAUGCCUUCUCCUAAAGUCUCAGACACAGUGGUGGAGCCUUAUAAUGCUACACUCUCUGUGCAUCAGCUCUUAGAGAACACAGACGAGACUUUCUGCAUUGACAACGAGGCCCUUUAUGACAUCUGUUUCCGUACCCUAAAACUGACCACACCGACUUAUGGCGAUCUGAACCACUUGGUCUCCUUGACUAUGAGCGGGGUCACAACCUCUCUCAGAUUUCCAGGACAGCUCAAUGCUGACCUGAGGAAGCUGGCUGUCAACAUGGUGCCCUUCCCUCGUCUCCACUUCUUCAUGCCAGGCUUCGCCCCACUGACACCUCGGGGUAGCCAGCAAUACAGAGCUCUCACUGUACCUGAACUUACCCAGCAGAUGUUCGAUGCCCGCAACAUGAUGGCGGCAUGCGACCCACGGCGAGGGCGCUACCUCACAGUAGCUGGUGUCUUUCGAGGUAGGAUGUCCACCAAAGAGGUGGAUGAGCAGAUGCUCGCAAUGCAACAGAAAAACAGUGCCUAUUUUGUCGAUUGGAUCCCCCAUAAUGUAAAGGUGGCUGUGUGUGACGUCCCUCCUCGAGGUCUAAAAAUGGCUUCCACAUUCAUAGGAAACAACACAGCAAUUCAGGAGAUAUUCCGUCGGGUGGGCGAGCAGUUCUCCCUCAUGUUCAGACGGAAGGCGUUCCUCCACUGGUACACAGGAGAGGGUAUGGAUGAAAUGGAGUUCACAGAGGCUGAGAGUAACCUCAACGACCUGGUGGCAGAGUACCAGCAGUACCAAGAUGCAACUGCUGAUCUAGAUUGGGAAGCAGAAGAAGAAGAAGAGGAAGGACCCUCGUCUGCAGGGAUCACAGAGGUUCAGUCUCGGACGGAAACCAAACUGGAAACAGUGGUAGAAACCAACAAAGAAACUGUAGAUGAGUAGUGUGGAUGGGGUAUACAGCUUCACACAGAAGGACUCUUUGGGCAAGAAUUGAAAUGAUGUAUGUAUAGUGAAUUUCUUUGGAAACAAUUUUUUAUGUUAACCUGUUUUACUUGUAUUUUUUUAUUAAUUUUAUUUUUAUUUUCACCUUUUACUGGAUUCAAGGCUUUGAUGACUAUGUUUGGGGCUUUUGAUCUUUUGAAAACAUCUUUCAGCAGUUAUUUGAAAUAAAUAUCUUAGACAUGUAAUGCCAACAGCAGACCCUAUGACUAACUAGGCAGCUUUGCCUUUUCGAUGACCUGUGAAUGCUUCAGAUGUAUAUAGAAGGUGAUUUAAAGGAGGCUUCUGUCAGGGAAUCUCAGCCCAGGCUCCUCCAGAAGACAGAUGGGUCAUAGUAUUAAAAAAUAUAAUCACAAGAUUGAUUAAUAGAGCUAAUUAAUGCUAAGUACUUACUUUUAUUAUUGUAUAAACUGUUGGAAACUUUGAGUUGGGAGAUUGGAAGAACAGUAAAAAAUUCAGUAAUCUUAUCAGCACAAUCAAUGAGCUUUAAUUCAGCAUGUUGCAGUUUGCAUUUCUGUUUCUCACAGGCGAAGUCAUUCAGCAAAGCAAUAAGCCAUAGUGAAACAUUAUAUAACAAUUAUACCAUUCACCCUUUUUGUCGUUUGACUUGUCAUCAUGUCUAGAGGUGCACAUCAUGGUACAGUUUAUAGUAAACAACUACUUCAUGGGUGCAGUAGAGGUCAAAGCAGAAAACCAAUAAGACUCAAUUCAGCUAUUUGGUCUUGUAUAAAUGUCUUUGUGUUUGUGGUACUAUUGUAAAAUGAAACCCGUGGCUCACUGAUUCAAAGUAAUUAUAAUAUGUAUUAAUUUAUGAAGAGUGAAUAAUAUAGCAUUCUUUCUUCUCAUUCCAUGGGCUGUAUUAUAUUUUAAUGCAUUUAUAAAAAAAACUAUUAAGUGAAAAAAAAAGAAGCAUGCAUUUUGACUAUGUUAGACUAUGUCAGCCCUGUAUGUAAAGGUACUUUUGAAAUAAUGCAGACAAUGUUUUUGUAUUUUUAAACAAAUGUUAUAAUUGAUUUAUUUCUCUUUGAAAUAUUGGAUUUAUUUGUACAUGUUUAAAUGAAUUAUAUUUUCAGCAUUUCUGUGUAAUCCACAACUUUAAACAAAUAUUAUAUUGAUGUUUAAAUAAUGAUUUGUUUUUGUGUAUGGGACAUGUAUUAAAAGUUUUUUCAAAACCCUG